GUCCCAAACAGCUCCGAGAUUUGGAAUAUUUGCUUACUGUCUAGUAGCAAAAUGGCGACUGUCAUUCAGAAUCCUCUCAAAUCGCUAGGUGACCAGUUCUACCGGGAGGCCAUAGAACACUGUCGCAGCUACAACGCCCGUCUGUGUGCCGAGCGAAGCGUCCGUAUGCCCUUCCUGGACAACCAAACUGGCGUGGCCCAGAACAACUGCUACAUCUGGAUGGAACAGCGCCACCGCGGGCCAGGUCUGGGUGCUGGACAGUUGUAUGCAUACCCAGCUCGGUGUUGGAGGAAGAAGAGGCGGCUUCACCCCCCUAUGGACCCUCAGCUACGACUCUGUGAACUACGACUGGAGGCAGAGCUGGCCCCUAAGAGGGAGCCCUCCCCAGGAGAGGCCACAGCUCUGGAGACUCUGCUCAGAGGGGAGGGACAACUGGAGAAGAAGAAAGACAUAAUUAAGGAGGACGAGACCCUUCUGGAGAUACAGAGGGUCUUGGAGGCUGACGAGAAUGGGGACGAUUUUCAUCAUGACAAUGAGGACUUUGAAGUGGACACUCCGAAGAGGAAGCAGAGGAAAGGAAGGGGCCGAGGAUCCAGCCGCAGGAGGGCGGAGGCUGUGUCCAACGACGACGUGGAGAAACCUUACGUCUGCGACAACAGAUACAAACAAAAGCAUAACUCAAAAACUGCUGACUCAGUCUGUGGGAAGCGCUAUAAGAACCGUCCAGGUCUGAGCUACCACUACGCACACACACACCUGGCGGAGGAGGAGGGGGAGGAGAGGGAGGAGAGGGAGGAAGAGAUGCCUCCGACCCCGCCACCACACCGACCAGACCCAGACCCCGACAACCACAAAUCUCAGAGGGCGGCAGAUGGCUCCAUCAUCCCUAACGACUACUGUGACUUCUGUCUGGGAGACUCUGACUCUAACAGGAAGACUGGCCAGGCUGAGGAGCUGGUGUCCUGCUCUGACUGCGGCCGCUCCGGCCACCCUACCUGUCUGCAGUUCACAGACAACAUGAUGAUGGCGGUGAAGACCUACCAGUGGCAGUGCAUCGAGUGCAAGUCCUGCAGCCUCUGUGGCACCUCCGAGAACGACGACCAGCUGUUGUUCUGUGACGACUGUGACAGAGGAUACCACAUGUACUGUCUGAAGCCCCCCAUGACCAAACCUCCUGAAGGGAGCUGGAGCUGUCACCUGUGUUUGGAUCUGUUGAAGGACAAGGCCUCAGCCUAUGAAGAACCAUAGCUUCUCUAACACACACACACACACACACACACACACACACACACACACACACACACACACACACACACACAAUGGAUUUACAGGCUCAGGGUGCAUAUCCAGUCUCAUCUCGUUCAGUAUCUCAGUACUAUCCUCUACCUCUGAAGAUGAAACAAUGUCAUGAUGUGGGUUAUAAAAAACCACAAAGAGAAUCGUCAAAUAGGAAUCUUUGCUACACAGUGUUUGACACUAUGCUGUUCUACAAUGUAGUCUCUUCUGACUGUUUGCUCGCGAGAGAUGUUUGUGCUGAGGUAAAAAAACAAAAACACAUUAUGUACCGGAAACAAGGAGAAUUUAUGUCUGUUUGUUUGAAUUUCAGUUUCCAGUCCUCUCCUUGUUAAAAUGUCACAGUGACGUUGUUUCAUAUUGCACCAAGACAUAUCAAGCAUCGUUUUAUUUUUUGAGGAGUCAUUGCAGCUAUUAUUUAAUUUCAGUUGGAUAUUAGCCAGGUUUGUGGUUACUAGGAUACUUAAAAGUACCUCAUGACAAUGAUCUAAAGCGUUAUUAAUUUAAAACUGGUCUUAUUUAUACAUUUCUGGUUAUUGUGACUGUUGGAUGGAUGCUUUUGUUUGUAAAGUGAAGCAACACAAUAUGGUGGCAAAUCCUGCUCCACUUCCCAAGUUCUGGUUCCUAGAUCAUGUUGCGUUCUCUGUUAAAAUGUGUUACCAUGCAAUAGGGUUUACAUGUUGUUCAUAUUUUCUAGAUCGGUGUGGAAACUGGUAAAGGGCUAUAUACAGAGAGAAACAUUCAACAUUCACGCCCCUGGACUUUCCCCAUAUCAUUUAAUUGUCUUUAAUUGUUUUUUUUGUUUUUUUUGUUUGUCAACAAUCUACACAAAUUACUCUCUAAUGUAAAAGUGGAAGAAAAACUCAAACAUUUGUGUAAAAAAGAAGAAGAAGGAAAAAGAAAAUCUUGAUUACAGAAGUAUUCAACCCCCCCCUCGGUCAAUAAAUGUUAGAAUCACCUUUUUUAGCAAUUACAGCUGUGAGUCUUUCUGGGUAAGUCUCUUAAAGAGCUUUACACACCUGGAUUGUACAAUAUUUGCACAUUAUAGAAGAAGGAAAAAUAUUCAAGCUCUCAAGUUGGUUGGUGAUCAUUGCUAGACAAACAUUUUCAAGUUUUGCCAUACAAUUUCUAGACGAUUUAAUUCAAAACUGUAACUAAGCCACACGGGAACAUUCAAUGUCAUUUUGGUAUGCAACUCCAGUGUAUAUUUGGCCAUGUGUUUUAGGUUUAUAGUCCUGCUGAAAAAGAAGACUGAACCAGGUUUUCCUCUAGGAUUUUGCCAUGUCUUUUUAUUUAAAAAAAAAACACCUCCCUAGUUCUUGCUGAUGACAAGCAUACCCAUAACAGGAUGCAGCCACCACCAUGCUUGAAAAUGGUGAUGUGUUGUGUUGGAUUUGCCCCAAACAUAAAGCUUUGUAUUCAGUACAUAUUUUUAAUUUCUUUGACACAUUUGUUGCAGUAUUACUUUAGUGCCUUGUUGCAAACAGGAUGCAUGUUUUGGAAUAUUUAUAUUCUGGACGGACUUCGUUCUUUUCACUCUGUCAUUGAGGUUAGUAUUGUGGAGUGACUACAAUGUUGUUUAUCCAUCCACAGUUUUCUCCUAUCACAGCUAUUAAACUCUGUAACCUUUUUUAAAGUCACCAUUGGCCUCAUGGUGAAAUCCCUGAGAUGUUUUCUUUCUCUCCGGCAACUGAGUUAAGGUAAGAAACUGAGUAAUGAAAGCGCGUCCAUGCAACUUAUUGUGUGACUUGUUAAGCAAUAUUUUACUCCUGAACUUAUUUAGGCUUGCCAUAACAAAGGGGUUGAAUACUUAUAGACUCAAGAUAUUUCAACGUUUCUUUUUUUAUUAAUUUGUCAAAAUAUCUUAAAACAUAAUUCCACUUUGACAUUAUGAACCAGUGGGCUCCCGAGUGGCGCAGGGGUCUAAGGCCCUGCAUCUCAGUGCGAGAGGUGUCACUACAGACCCUGGUUCAGUGGUCUAAGGCCCUGCAUCUAAGUACUAGAGGAGUCACUACAGACCCUGGUUCCAUUCCAGGCUGUAUCACAACCGGCCGUGAUCUGGAGUCCCAUAGGGCGGUGCAUAAUUGGCCCGGCAUCGUUAGGAUUUGGCCGGGAUAGGCUGUCAUUGUAAAUAAGAAUUUGUUCUUAACUGACUUGCCUAGUUAAAUAAAGGUUAAAUUUAAAAUUAUGGGGUAUUGUGUGUAAGCCAGUGACACAAAAUCUAAAUGUAAUCCAUUUUAAAUUCAGGCUGUAACACAACAAAAAUAUGGACAAAGUCAAGGGGUGUGAAUACUUUCUGAAGGCUCUGUAUUCACAUAGACAUAAUCCAUUCACACUUACAUGGUCAAGAACAUACACAACAUACACACCUCGUAGCUCUACCACCACGUUUCAGUCAGUCAAUAGUACAUAGUUAUCAUUCAGCUGGUGUGUGGGAUACCUCACAUCCUCCACGAUGCAUCAGUUUUUGAACAUAUUUACUUGAUGUAUUUAGUAAAUGUCAACUUGUUUUAUAGGUUUCCUUUCCACUUUGUAUAUCAUUCCAAACGUUUCAUGUAAAACUCCAAAUGAUUUCUAAAACGAUUCAGGUUCUUCUAUAUCAACAAUAUGUUAAUAGAUUGCACUGAACACAGGUAAUAUACUGUAUAUUUCGUAUAGAUUUCUUAUAGGACUAUUGGAUAGAUUUGAAGAACCCUGAAGGAAACCUAUAGCCCGAUAUACAAUCCUGAAAUAUAGAGGCAGAAGACCUGAAGAUGUUUUAGCGAUGUUGUUAAAAAAAUAUAUAUAUGUAUAGUAUUUAAUGCAAAAACAAAUUACAGUGUCACGACUGGAAAUGUCUUACAACCAAUUUUCUUAUUUUGUUUUGUGCUUUUUUUAAAAAACAUGUUAUAUUGUUUCUCCACAGACAAUCAUGAAGUAAAGUAAAUAUAUGGGCUACUUCCCAAAUGGCAUCCUAUUCCUUGUGUAGUGUUCUACUAUGGCCCGUACGCCUCUGUGGCCCAUACGCCUCCGUGGCCCAUACGCUGCCGUACCCAUACGCCUCCGUGGCCCAUACACUGCCGUACCCAUACGCCUCCGUGGCCCGUACGCCUCCGUGGCCCAUACGCUGCCGUACCCAUACGCCUCCGUGGCCCGUACGCCUCCGUGGCCCAUACGCUGCCGUACCCAUACGCCUCCGUGGCCCAUACGCUGCCGUACCCAUACGCCUCCGUGGCCCAUACGCUGCCCUACCCGUACGCCUCCGUGGCCCAUACGCUGCCGUACCCAUACGCCUCCGUGGCCCAUACGCCUCCGUGGCCCAUACGCUGCCGUGGCCCAUACGCUGCCAUGGCCCAUACGCUGCCGUACCCAUACACUACUAUGGCCCAUACGCUGCCGUACCCAUACACUACUAUGGCCCAUACGCUGCCGUGGCCCAUACGCUGCCGUACCCAUACACUGCCAUGGCCCAUACGCUGCCGUACCCAUACACUACCGUGGCCCAUACGCUGCCGUGGCCCGUACGCCUCCGUACCCAUACACUACCGUGGCCAAAAGUUUUAGAACACCUACUCGUUCAAGUGUUUUCCUUUUAUUUUUUACUAUUUUCUACAAUAUUGUAGAAUAAUAGUGAAGACAUCAAAACUAUGAAAUAACACAUGUAGUAACUCAUGUAGUAACCCAAAAAGGUUUAAACAAAUCAAAAUAUAUUUUGUUUUUGAGAAUCUUCAAAUAGCUACCCUUUGCCUUGAUGACAGCUUUGCACACUCUUGGCAUUCUCUCAACCAGCUUCACCUGGAAUGCUUUUCCAACUAUCUUGAAGGAGUUCCCACAUAUGCUUAGCACUUGUUGGCUGCUUUUCCUUCACUCUGCAGUCCAACAUGCCAAACCAUCUCAAUUUGGUUGAGGUCGGGGGAUUGUGGAGGCCAGGUCAUCUGAUGCUGCACUCCAUCACUCUCCAUCUUGGUCAAUUAGCUCUUACACAGCCUGGAGGUGUGUUGGGUCAUUGUUCUGUUGAAAAACAAGUGAUAGUCCCACAAAGCCCAAACCAGAUGGGAUGGCACAUCGCUGCAGAAUGCUGUGGUAGCCAUGCUGGUUAAGUGUGCCUUGAAUUCUAAAUAAAUCACAGACCGUGUCACCAGCAAAGCACCCCGACACCAUAACACCUCCUCCUCCAUGCUUCACGGCGGGAAAUACACAUGCGGAGAUCGUCCGUUCCCCCACACCGGGUCUCACAAAGACAUGGUGGUUGGAACCAAAAAUCUCCAAUUUGGACACCAGACCGAAGGACAAAUUUAAACUGUAUAGCCAGUUUCAUCAUAGCGCUUGAUGGUUUUUGCAACUGCACUUGAAUAAACUUUCAAAGUUCUUGAAAUGUUCCAUAUUGACUGACCUUCAUGUCUUAAAGUAAUGAUGGACUGUCAUUUCUCUUUACUUAUUUGAGCUAUUCUUGCCAUAAUAUGGCCUUGGUAUUUUACCAAAUAGGGCUAUCUUCUGUAUAUCACCACUACCUUGUCACAUUUAAAUGCAUUCCAGGUGACUAUCUCAUGAAGCUGGUUGAGAGAAUGCCAAGAGUGUACAAAGCUGUCAUCAAGGCAAAGGGUGGCUAUUUGAAGAAUCUGUAUUUGUAUUAUGUAUUUUUAAUUUUGGUUACUACAUGAUUCCAUAUGUGUUAUUAUAUAGUUUUGAUGUCUUCAAUAUUAUUCUACAAUGUAGAAAAUAGUAAAAAAGAAAGAAAGAAAAACCCUUUAAUGAGGAGGUUUUCUAAAGGUUUUGACCGGUAAUGUAUUUAAGGAAGUGUCCCAUUUGAGAUGCAUCCAUGAUGUCAAGUUUUCCUUUUUCUUCCCCCCUCAUGUCAGACAUUUUGUUUUCCUUUUUCUUCCCCCCUCAUGUCAGACAUUUUGUUUUCCUUUUUCUUCCCCCCUCAUGUCAGACAUUUUGUUUUCCUUUUUCUUCCCCCCUCAUGUCAGACAUUUUGUUUUCCUUUUUCUUCCCCCCUCAUGUCAGACAUUUUGUUUUCCUUUUUCUUCCACCCUCAUGUCAGACAUUUUGUUUUCCUUUUUCUUCCCCCCUCAUGUCAGACAUUUUGUUUUCCUUUUUCUUCCCCCUCAUGUCAGACAUUUUGUUUUCCUUUUUCUUCCCCCUCAUGUCAGACAUUUUGUUUUCCUUUUUCUUCCCCCCUCAUGUCAGACAUUUUGUUUUCCUUUUUCUUCCCCCCUCAUGUCAGACAUUUUGUUUUCCUUUUUCUUCCACCCUCAUGUCAGACAUUUUGUUUUCCUUUUUCUUCCACCCUCAUGUCAGACAUUUUAACAACAUGUCUUCCUGUUUAUAUCACCAUGCCAACUUCCCACUCCAAGAAAUAUGUGUCAAUAUAAUUUUGUUUUAUUUCGGAGACCAUCAGUUUUAUAUGGAUAUCAUACUGUGUCGGUUUUGAGUACUUUGUUGAACGUUUGUGUGUUUGUUUUUGUGUUGAAAUAAAGAUUUUGAAGAAGUC